GAAAGACAGACUGGGCCCAGCGUGACCCCACAGAAACCUGUGCUCCCAUCUCUCCCUGACAGCAACCUCUGGAAGGUCUGGCACAUGGAGGACACACCACACCGAGGAGAGUCCACCUCUCUCACACCCAUGGCCAACGGUUCGGAGAACAUGGGGGCUGAGUUCUUGGAAAGCCUGGAGGAAAACCAGCCCCCUGACAACAACUUGAGCCCCACAGAGGGCCAGGACCACUGCAGUGAAGCCAGGCCCAAGCCCCUCUCCACAUGGAGGAACCUGAAGCCAGGCCUGAGAGUUAGAAGCUUCUGCAGGGAGCAUGCACAGCUGCUUCGAUGGACCAGCACAGGCCUGCUCUGCACUGCUUACUCGGCCUUUCUGCUGGUUGCCUGCCUCCUAGACUUCCAGAGGGCCUUGGCACUGUUUGUCCUCACCUGUGUGGUCCUCGCCUUCUGGGCCCACAGCCUGCUGAAGAGGCUUCUGGAGCCAAAGCUGAGGAGGUGUGUCAGACCUCCGGGCCAUCCCUGCCUGAAGGUCUGGGUUAAGAGGGGCCUUGCUCUCGCUGCUGUCCUGGUCCUGGUCCUGUGGCUGUCCCUGGACACGGCUCAGAGGCCUGAACAGUUGGUGUCCUUUGCAGGAAUCUGUGUGUUCCUCACCCUCCUCUUUGCCUGCUCAAAACAUCACCGCGCAGUGUCCUGGCGGGCUGUGUCCUGGGGCCUUGCGCUGCAGUUUGCACUUGGUCUCUUUGUCAUCAGAACAGAACCAGGAUUUAUUGCCUUCCAGUGGCUGGGUGACCAGAUCCAGAUCUUCCUGAGUUACACGGAGGCCGGCUCCAGCUUUGUGUUCGGGGAGGCUCUGGUCAAGGAUGUCUUUGCCUUUCAGGUUUUGCCCAUCAUUGUCUUCUUCAGCUGCAUAAUGUCAGUUCUCUACUAUGUGGGCCUCAUGCAGUGGGUGAUCUUAAAGAUUGCCUGGCUGCUACAGGUCACCAUGGGCACCACAGCCACUGAGACCCUGAGUGUGGCCGGAAACAUCUUUGUGAGCCAGAGAUGGAGUCUUGCUCUGUUGCCCUGUCCAAUGUUGAACUGGCCUCAAGUGAUCCUCCCACCUUGGCCUCUCAAAGUUCUGGGAUUACAGACAGAGGCUCCUCUGCUGAUCCGGCCCUACUUGGCAGACAUGACACUCUCUGAAGUCCACGUCGUCAUGACUGGAGGCUAUGCCACCAUUGCCGGUAGCCUGCUGGGUGCCUAUAUCUCCUUUGGGAUCGAUGCCUCCUCGUUGAUUGCUGCUUCCGUGAUGGCUGCCCCCUGUGCUUUGGCCCUCUCCAAGCUGAUCUACCCAGAGGUGGAGGAGUCCAAGUUCAGGAGUGAGGAAGAUGUGAAACUGACCUACGGAGAUGCUCAGAACCUCAUAGAAGCAGUCAGCAGUGGGGCCAGCAUCUCAGUGAGGGUGGUCACCAACAUUGCUGCCAACCUGAUCGCAUUCCUAGCUGUGCUGGCCUUCGUCAAUGCUGCCCUGUCCUGGCUGGGAGACAUGGUGGACGUCCAGGAGCUCAGCUUCCAGCUCAUCUGCUCCUAUGUCCUGCGUCCGGUGGCCUUCUUGAUGGGUGUGGCCUGGGAGGACUGCCCAGUGGUGGCUGAGCUGCUGGGGACCAAGCUAUUUCUGAAUGAGUUUGUGGCCUAUCAGGAACUCUCCAAGUACAAGCAGCACCGCCUGGCAGGGGCUGAGGAGUGGGCUGGCACCAGGAAGCAGUGGAUCUCCGUCAGGGCAGAAGUGCUCACGACAUUUGCCCUCUGUGGAUUUGCCAACUUCAGCUCCAUUGGGAUAAUGCUGGGAGGCCUGACCUCCAUGGCCCCCCAACGGAAGAGCGACUUCUCCCAGAUCGUGCUCCGGGCGCUGUUCACUGGGGCCUGUGUGUCCCUGGUGAAUGCCUGCGUGGCAGGGGUCCUCUAUGUGCCCAGGGAGCCCGAGGUCAACUGCACAUCCCUCCUAAACACAGCGCUCAGCAGCAGCAACUUUGAGGUGUAUCAGUGCUGCCACAAGGCCUUCCAGAGCAUCAGCCCGGAGUUGGGCCCAGAAGCCCUGGACAACUGCUGUCGAUUUUACAACCACACGGUCUGUGCAUAGUGGGGACAGACGUCCUUGUGCCUUCUGAGAGCUGCUCUUCUCCAGGAAGCAUCUGUCCCCAUCUUCCCCUGCCCAGGCCCCUGCUCAGGGAAGCCACAAGGCUUAGACCUCCAAAGUCCCACAGCUGGGAAGAGGUAAUGGAGUGAGUGGGCACUUCUCUCAGCACCCCCAUUUGCCUAGCUCCCCCAACGUAAAUUUUCAGGCUCACCUCUGCCUCCUUCUGUUUCUCCUCCACAUCUAAACAGCACCCUGGUCCUCUGCCUUCUCCUCUCCUUGAGUCCCUCACACACACCUUUCCCCUCUGUUGUGGGCCCCACACCAAAGCAUCCUCCCUUCUCCCCUCCUGGACUCUGGACUCUCUGCAGGCUUCCCUGUCCACUGCUGUCUCCUGGAGAUCCCUUUCUCUAUUUUCAAAGACUCCCCUCCUCACUGCCUUCCACCAUAGCACUUCCCAAACUGAUGUCCUGUGGAACACGGUCCCACAAGGUAUUCAGAGACUUCCAUGAUCCACUAUAUUUGGAAAACGCUGGGUUAAAUAAAGUUGGACAGGAUUA